GACGUGUCCCUCCUUCCGCAGGACAGCUGUGCCCCCCCCGGCAUGUUAUCACGGGGCUGGCGGCUGCUGCAGCCGCUGUUCAGAGGCCGCCUGUUGCUGCUGACCAACACGCUGAGCUGUGGGACGCUGCUGGCGGCUGGCGAUGCACUGCAGCAGUUCUGGCAGCUCCGCCGUGAGCCCCGGGCCCAGCAUCAGGCUGCACGCACAGGGCGUAUGUUUGCCGUGGGCUGCAGCAUGGGCCCCAUGUUGCACUUCUGGUACCUGUGGUUGGACAGCACUUUCCCAGCACGAGGGAUGAGGACGGUGCUGAAGAAGGUGCUCAUUGACCAGGUGGUGGUGUCACCCAUCUUGGGGGUCUGGUAUUUCCUGGGUAUGGGCACGUUGGAGGGCCACAGCCUGGAGGAGAGCUGGCAGGAGCUGACGGAGAAGUUCUGGGAGUUCUAUAAGGCUGACUGGUGUGUGUGGCCAGCUGCACAGUUCUUCAACUUCCAGUUUGUUCCACCCACGUACCGGGUGGCUUAUGUCAACAUAGUGACGCUGGGCUGGGACACCUACCUCUCCUACCUCAAACACAGGCCCAACCAAACCCCCACUGAAGAGAAGCAGCGCAGUGCUGGGAUGUGAUGGGCUGCUCCCAGAGACCAAAAUGGCUUUAGAAGCUCCUGCCUGCUGCUGUGAGCUCAUUGCAGGGCCUGGCAGCGAGCACUGGAGCCACAGCUGCACCCAUCCUGCUGAUUAACUCAUCUGCUGAUUGCAAUGAAGGGGUUGGAGCUGCUGAAUCCGCUUGUGAAGAUGCUGCUUUCUGUAUAUCCCAAUGUGGGGGAGCAGCGUUUUGGUUCAUUCCACGGCCCCUUCUGCAACCCCCCCCCCCUCCUCCACAUACAUACACUGGGGUUUCAGCCCCCCCAGGCCCCAAGCAAUGCCCACCCCCAACCUGAGGCCUUAUUCUUUCCCACCUCCAUGUGCCUCAAACCAUCUCCUAAGGCCCAAAUAGUGCCUCCCCCCCCAAUAGCACAGCUCCUUUCUGCUUGGAAUCACCUGCCGGAAGAAGUGGGAGCCCCCUCCUGAUCAGCAUUGAUUUAUUUCUUCACGACAUUUCUUUUAAUACAGUGAUUUUUUAGGAAA